UCCGCGUGGAGGUUCCUCAGAGCUGCGGUUUCGAAGGAGGAAGAGGGAUCCUCUUGACACUUCCUCCUCCUUCUGGAGGCAGAUUGGGCAACUUGCCCUCUCGGAAAAGGCGGGAGGCUCACCUGCCUCGCCCCCCGGGUCAGCCCUUCUCCGGGCCGCCAAGGAGGCGGCGCUUCGGGGCUCCCGGCUUUGCUUUCGGCUGAGGCUCGGGAGCGGAGUGGAAGCUGAGCGGGUGGCGGCAGCAUGGGCUCCCAGAAGGCGGUGGCGGCGGCGCUGGGCGCGCUGUGCCUGGUGGCCGUGGUGGGACUCAUCCUUCUCUGCGUGCCCACCAAGGACGUACCGGACCCGCCCGACUUCAAGUAUGGGAUCGUAUUGGAUGCGGGGUCUUCCCACACGGCCAUGUUUGUCUACAAAUGGCCGUCCAACAAGGAGAACGAAACUGGGAUUGUCAGCCAGCACAGCGACUGCCACGUGAAGGGAGACGGCAUCUCAAGCUACUUCAAUAAACCACCGGCAGCCGGGGAGAGUUUGGUACUCUGCCUUGACCAGGCCCUGAAGGAUGUCCCAAAAGCAAGGCAUGGCAUCACCCCCCUGUACUUGGGCGCCACGGCUGGCAUGCGGCUGCUGAACAUUUCUAAACCGCAGGCUUCAGACAGUAUCCUUAAAGCUGUGACCUCCACGCUGAAGAAAUACCCCUUUGACUUCCGGGGAGCCAGGAUCCUGAGUGGGGAGGACGAGGGCUUGUUCGGGUGGGUCACCGCUAACUACCUCCUGGAGAACUUUGUCAAGUACGGGUGGAUCGGGCGCUGGAUCCGCCCCAAGAAAAGCACGGUGGGGGCCAUGGACCUGGGCGGGGCCUCCACCCAGAUCACCUUCGAGACCACGGCGGCCAUCGAGAGCCCCAGCAACCAGGUGACCCUGAAGCUGUACGGGCACCAGUACAAAGUCUACACACACAGCUUCCUCUGCUACGGCAUAAACGAGAUGUACACCAGGCUGACCUCCAAGAUCCUGAAGGCUAAAGCUUACACCCUCCGACUGGAGAACCCCUGCUGGCCACAGGGAUUCACGCGCAGCUUCCCCAUGGAGAGCAUCUAUGGGUCGCCCUGCGUCACCUUGGAGAAGCCCACCAACUACUUCCCCAAGGCCAUGGUGAACAUGAGCGGCUCUGGAGACCCAGCCCAGUGCUUGGUGUAUGCAGAGAGCCUCUUCCGGUUCACAAACUGCUCUUAUUCUAGCUGCUCCUUUGACGGGGUCUUCCAGCCGCCCGUGGAGGGAAACUUCAUCGCCUUCUCGUCAUUUUUCCACACGGUGGAUUUCCUUCGGUCAGUGAUGAAAAGACAGGUAGCCACUCCAAAUGACCUCAGAGAAGGCGCGGAGGCCACCUGUACCACCCCCUGGAGUGAGCUGCUCAAGAAGGGGCCAAAACUGGAGCCCUUUUUGCAGAACUACUGUUCGAUGGCCACCUUCGUCUCGCUGCUGCUCACCCGGGGCUACCACUUCAACAACUCCACCUUCCCCAGUAUAGCCUUCCAGAAGAAGAUCGGGGACACGACCGUCGGCUGGGCCUUGGGCUACAUGCUGAACCUGACCAACAUGAUCCCGGCGGAAGAGCCCGGCUUCCGGAAGGGCACCCCCUUUGGCCCAUGGGUCGGCCUCAUCUUCCUCUUCGUCGCCAUCCUUCUGGGCAGUUUGGUCAGCAUCUUCUGCCUGCUGAAGUCCUCCAAGGACCGAGGGGGGGUGUAGGCCAGCUCUCCCCUGGUCUCACACUGGGGGCUCCAGCCUUUUUGCCAAGACUCAGGAAGGAAGAAAUGGGGACAAAUGGAAGAGCCAACACUCCACGGAGGUGGACGGUGCCUGGGAUGGAUGGUGGGCAUACGCAGCUCAGCCACUCUCCUGCCUCCUUUUUCCUUCCUGGAGGGCCACUAGCCCCCUCCCUUCAAGAAAAAGGUGCUGCCAUUUGCAAGGAAAGUUUCUGGAGACUUCCAGGCCUCCCCUUUUUCCUGCUCCGUGGAUACUCAGGAAUUUCUAGCCCAUCCUAAACCCCUUGACCCAACAAGACGCUGCCCCCACCCCAGGACAAAGGACCCUGGGAGGAAAUGUCAUGGGCCACUCCAGGGCCUUAGUGUCUCUCAACAGGCAUCAGACGCCUUCAAAACCCGGGGUCCCGUAACAGGCAAAUGUCUUCAUCCAAAAAGUGUAGUAUGGAAAGCUUCAUGGGGCCUGGUCCCCACCGAACUCAAGUCCUUCACUGGGAGAGGGGAUCACUUAGCCAGAUUGUUCCAGAUGCACGUAAGACUUUGGGGAGAGGUCUUUUGAGGCAGCCACCUGGACGUCUGACUGUCAGCCACAGCUGCGGGACUUCCCUCCAUGUACAAACCGGGUCUGGCUUGGCUCAGCUUUCAGAGAACGGAAAUCCAGCAAGCUCCUUUAGUUCUGUUGCCGAGACAAACUUCUUCCGCUGAGCAGAUCAACGAGAGAGCCUCUUCCUCACCCACACAUCCUCUACUGACCCCCUAAAUCAAGGGUAGUCAACCUUUUUAUACCUACCGUCCACUUUUGUAUCUCUGUUAGUAGUAAAAUUUUCUA